UAUCACGGACAGAGGAGAGGUCACAUCAAGCUGCGGGCGACGACUUGACGGCAGAGCAACAAAACGUUGCAGAAAGAUUUCAAUUAAGUACACGAAAGGAAGAGUGUGCUGCAGUCAAGGCUUCAGAGACUGACAUAUACAGAAUGGGAAAUCAACUGACCGAGAUGUCCCCCAACACACCCCUCCUACCAAACCUCAAGCCUGUGCACAUAGUGGUGCUUGGCCUCGAUGCUGCAGGGAAGACCUCCCUGCUCUACCGGCUCAAACUGCGUGAAUUUGUGGAGACCAUCCCGACCAAGGGCUUCAACAUGGAGCGCAUCAAAGUGUCCGUGGCAGCUGGCAGCUCCAGGACCGCGACCUUCCAGGUGUGGGACGUCGGCGGGCACGAGAAACUCCGACCGCUGUGGAAGUCGUACACGCGCCGGACCGACGGGGUGGUGUUUGUGGUGGACUCCAACGAAACGGAGCGCCUGGAGGAGGCCAAAGCUGAGCUCCAGAAGGUCUGCCGGGUGCCAGAGAACCAGGGCGUGCCCGUCCUGGUCCUGGCCAACAAGCAGGACCUCCCGCUGGCCAUGAACGAGCAGGAGGUGGAGAAGGCCCUGGGCCUGCACGAACUGAGCAACUCCACGCCGCACCACACGCAAGGCUGCAGCGCGCUAGACGGCCAGGGUCUCCAGACGGGCUUGGAGAGGCUUUACGAGAUGAUCCUCAAGAGAAAGAAAAGCAACAGGAGCAGUAGGAAGGGAAGAUGACCUGUUUCAUUUGACCCCCAUCCCAGUUGGGAGAAGUGACCAGACAAAGAACAUAGCAUCGCAAAAGGAAAAGGCCCCUCCACUGUGAGGCCAAAGCCUGUUGACGUGGCUUGGAUUCAAUGGGGAAUCCAGCCGAUGGCAAAGGUGAAAAGGUGCAGACAUGUUUGUUUUAGUGUGGGGACUGGAUCUACACGAGACGUACAGAACUGCCAAUAUCCACACUGGGGCUGGCCCUCGGUUCUAGUGACUGGACUGCUGUUGAACCAGUCAGUCGCUGAUCAUGUUGCCAAAGUGGUUACGAAGUACAAAGAACUCUUUUAUUUGGUGUUUCACUGCACUGUAAUUGACUGUUCUGUGGUGUGGUGUUGGCUUGGCGUAUAAAAAGAGCAGGAAAAUGAUAGGUUACACUAUUGUAAUGGGAGAGGAACACUAGUUUUGAAGUCAAGACCUACGAUUGAACUGUUAUAUUAUAAAGAUGUGGACUUUGAGUAUUUGAGCUGUGCUCAAGCUUUCCUUUUUUUUUUAUAUUGAGAACAAAAUCAUGUGCCUCUGUAUUUUUGUUCUGUAUCAAAAUAAAUUAUUGACAUUUUUUAAACAGAA